CCUACAUACCGUACCAUAUUGAUGUAAAUAAACACAAACUAAUGAUUUGAUAAUAGUUAUUAGUGAUAUUUUAUUAAUUACGUGGCAAUAAAAACUUAUUAUGUCUAUCGUCUUUUAAAAUUCAAAACAUGUCUAUAAAUCUCUCUAUAUGCUUAAAACGUGCAAGUAAAAUAUAUCACGAAGGGGAAAUAAUCGCUGGCGUGGUGGUGGUGGAGAGCAGUAGCGAUGUGCGACAUGAGGGCCUUUCACUCACUAUGGAGGGAUGUGUCAACUUGCAGCUCAGCACCAAGAAUGUGGGCAUAUUUGAAGCUUUUUCUAAUAGCAUUAAGCCAAUAAAUUUAAUAAAUGUUACAGUUGAGCUAGCUCUCCCAGGUAAGAUCCCUGUAGGCAUCACAGAGAUUCCAUUUGAGAUGCCACUGCGGGCCCGUCAGGCUGUAUCUCCAGGAUAUCCUGGUCUACUGGAGACUUACCAUGGAGUGUUUGUUAAUAUAAUGUACACACUAAAGUGUAAUAUGAAGAGAUCAUUUCUCAAUAAGCCACUGUUCACCACUUGCCAGUUCUUUGUACAGUAUAGACAUCAAGAACGCCCAGUACAGAAGGGUGUGCGGUGCGAGAUGUCCGGUGCGUCGGUGCGCGCUGCGGGCACAGUGCCGCACUUCUCUGUGUUCGCAGAUCUCACCUCCACCGUCUGCGCGUUGGAUGCACCUGUCACUGGAAAGAUCAGAGUUGACGAGUGCUCGGUACCCAUCAAGUCCAUUGAACUACAAUUAGUGCGCGUUGAGACAUGCGGCUGCGCUGACGGCUACUCUAGGGAUGCAACCGAAAUCCAGAAUAUCCAGAUAGGGGAGGGAGACGUGGUGCGCGGCCGUGACAUCCCGCUGUACAUGGUGCUGCCGCGACUCUUCACUUGCCCCACCACCACCACGCUCAACUUUAAAAUAGAGUUUGAACUGAACAUCGCCGUGAUAUUUGAAGACGACUACUUGGUUACAGAAAAUUUUCCGAUAUUACUUCUAAGGUGCAAGUAGUUUGAAUAGAAAAUUUAAUAAAAUAUAUUGCGGUUUAUUAUUUAUAUAAACAACUACUUCUUUUAAAUUGUAUGCAGCAGUGUCCGCCGGGGUCGGACGGACACCUCGGGACAGAUUCGUUUUAUGCAUUACAGUAACUCUUUUGUUCUCUUAACUCGUUAACAGCUGCUAAACAGGAAUGAGAAUCUUUUGUCGAACGGAGACAGUGUCCUGCGUGCGUGCGUGCGUGCGUGCGUGCGUGCGGGCGCGCUCGCUCCGACUAGUCGCUGCUCGCGUGCAUGUCGAUACACGAUGGAACACAAUAAUUACAACGCACACGGACACGUGUUGCGUUUAUUACAUUACAAAAAUAUUUAUUUGUCGGAGACGGUUAUCAGUUUGGUAAUUAAACGAAACGCAGCACGGAUCCCGAGAGAUGGCAGCACGACCGCGGUAUCGUCUGAACUCGACUGACUCCGUGCUACGACAGGGCCUAGUCGAUGGAGGCGCGUAGACGCCAUUAAACUUACCAACCAGCCUUCUUGAAGAGCGGUGCCUCCGUCCUAAGAACUGUCAUUA